GUUGGCACAGUGAGGUUGGCUUUGCCAGCUGUAGUUGUGGCAGGGAUGAUAGCAAAUCCUUUGGUUCAGCAGACAGUCUAAGCUUGAUAAAUUACUUUUAUGAGCUCUCCCUCUCCCUGCAGGUUUCUAACACUUGCAUCCUCUCUCUUAUGAGGAGAAGGACUUGUUGACUAAUUGCCCUAGAAUUAAAAGUGAAGCAAACAGUGAUUCUUUCAGAUCUUCAGUAUCCCCAUGCUACUUUCCAUUGCAGAAAGGACCUGAGUGUAAGAAAAGGCUGAAGGAAGAGUACUCUAAAGACACUGUAAUACAAACAGAAGUCCAACAUUUAAAAAAGGAAGGAAAAACUCACUGGUUUUGAAAACAAAGGCAUGCAGAGUGCUCUACAAGGAGGCCUACACUUUUUGUUAGCAGAGUGGCAGUGCCAAGCUUGCAACAGGCUCCCAUAAAAUGUUAUAUAUACAAGCUCAUCUAUCACAUUGUAAAAAGCACUGCAGGAGUGCAUGAUCUUUCUCCCUUUUCCUGACACCAGGGUCUAUCCUUACUCUUCCUUUUCCAGCCAUGUCAUGAUCCCUUCUGUCUGAUCAUAGAGAUUUUCAUACAUCAGAGCCUCCAGCCUGAUGCUCUUGCAGCAGCCACAUGCUGAAUGGAGCAGCUACAUUUUCAGAGUACUGGCAGUAAAAUAUGUUUCCUUGAUGUUGGAAAUACACCUCCUACUUCACAGAAAUAAAAGCUGUGGAGUAUCACAUCUAAUGUGCCAGACUAUUUUGAUUUCAACAGUUUAGAAUCUGAGAGUGAUUUUGUUUAAAGCAGCCUCAGGCUGAGCCAUGCUCAGCUGUUCUUUGGGAGUAGGGGGAUCUAGGAAAGGGAGAUGGAGGAAUAAGAAAAUUGUUAACAUUCAGUGGCUAGCAAUUUACCUACCAAAAGUACUACACAGGUUGCUUAGAGAACUGGAUUUUUAGUUUUUUGUCUAACCCCCACUUCCUUUUUCCUUUUCUGUAAAUGUUAAGGGCUGCAUCCAGGGCUGUAUUCAGGAAAACGUAUGUAGCAGAGGAAGCAUUGCAAGGUUCAAGCAGGACCUUACACACCCUGCUGCCUGUCAGGAAGUUUCUUGCCUCCAGUAAGGGAUGUCACCUCAUACUCCUUUCAGUGGUGUCCAGACACAGGACAAGAAACAGUGACCAUAAACCAAAACACAAGAAGUUCCACCACAACAUGAGGAAGAAGUUUACAUUGAAGGUGGCAGAGGCCUGUAAGAGGCUGUAAGAGGGAAGUGGCUGCCUAGAGAAGUCAUGCAGUAUCCCUCUCUGGAGACAUUCAAAACCCACUUGGAUGCAAUCAAGGAAAGCUGGAACACUCGCAGUUCUUCCUAGAGGAUUAUAAGUUUUGAUAUUCAGAAGACUGAAAGAUGCCAUCUGAGAGGUGCCUGAGUGUUCAGGAAAUGCUGACAGGUCAGAGGCUUUGUCAGUCUAGCUCCCACAACGAUGCUGUCCUGGCAGCUCUGAACCAACAAAGAAGUGAUGGCAUACUUUGUGAUAUUACCCUUAUUGCUGAAGAGCAGAAAUUCCACGCACAUAAAGCAGUCCUGGCAGCCUGCAGUGACUACUUCCGAGCAAUGUUCAGUCUCUGCAUGGUUGAGAGUGAAGCUGAUGAGGUGAAUUUACAUGGUGUCACAAGCCUUGGUUUAAAACAAGCCCUGGACUUUGCAUAUACUGGACAGAUCCUCUUGGAACCAGGGGUGAUACAGGAUGUCCUGGCAGCUGGGAGUCAUUUGCAGCUGCUGGAGCUUCUCAGUUUAUGUUCCCACUAUCUCAUUGAGGAAUUAAAUAGUUUUAAUUACUUGGACCUGUACAAGCUUGCGGAUCUUUUCAACCUCACUUUGUUGGAGAAUGCAGUCAUUGGCUUCUUAGUAAAACAUCUCUCUGAGCUGUUGAAGAGUCAUCCUGAAGAAGUUCUGGCACUCCCAUACUGUCUUCUUCGAGAGGUUUUUAAAAGCGAUAGACUCACUUCACUCAGUGAAGAACAAAUCUGGCAGCUGGCUGUGAGGUGGUUGGAACACAACUGCCGCUACCAGUAUCUGGAUGAACUUCUCCAGUACGUCCGCUUUGGCCUUAUGGAUGUGGAUACACUCCAUACUGUAGCUCUUACUCAUCCUCUUGUCCAAGCCAGUGAAACUGCCACAGCGCUCAUUAAUGAGGCCUUGGCUUACCACCAGAGCGUCUAUGCACAGCCGGUUUGGCAAACUGCAAGGACAAAGCCUCGCUUCCAGUCAGACACUCUCUAUAUUAUUGGUGGGAAAAAACGAGAAGUCUGUAAAGUGAAGGAAUUGCGAUACUUCAAUCCAGUAGACCAAGAGAAUGUUCAUAUCGCGGGGAUCGCUAACUGGAGCGAGCUGGCGCCUAUGCCUGUGGGGAGGAGCCAUCACUGCGUUGCUGUCAUGGGGGACUUUCUUUUUGUAGCCGGUGGAGAGGUAGAGCAUUCCACAGGGCGCACAUGUGCCGUGAGAACUGUCUGUCGAUAUGACCCCCGCACUAACUCCUGGGCGGAGAUAGCUCCAAUGAAGAACUGCCGGGAGCACUUUGUGUUGGGAGCCGUGGACGAGUACCUCUAUGCCGUAGGGGGCAGAAACGAAUUGCGUCAAGUGUUGCCCACAGUUGAACGCUACUGCCCCAGGAAGAACAAGUGGACCUUUGUACAGUCCUUUGAUCGGUCGCUCUCAUGCCAUGCAGGAUAUGUGGUGGAUGGUCUUCUUUGGAUAUCAGGAGGAGUAACAAAUACUGCACAAUAUCAAAAUAGACUCAUGGUCUAUGAUCCUAAGCAGAAUAAGUGGUUAAGCCGUAGCCCCAUGCUGCAGAGGAGAGUCUAUCACUCCAUGGCUGCUGUCCAAAGGAAGCUGUACGUGUUAGGUGGGAAUGACCUCGACUACAACAACGAUCGGAUCCUGGUCCGUCACAUAGACUCCUACAGCAUAGACACUGACCAGUGGACCCGUUGCAGCUUCAACAUGCUGACAGGUCAAAAUGAGUCUGGAGUUGCUGUCCACAAUGGUAGAAUAUAUUUAGUUGGUGGCUAUUCGAUUUGGACAAAUGAGCCUUUGGCAUGUAUCCAGGUGCUGGAUGUUAGCAAGGAGGGAAAGGAAGAGGUAUUCUAUGGGCCUACGCUCCCCUUUGCUUCCAAUGGAAUAGCAGCCUGCUUUCUUCCAGCUCCUUAUUUCACGUGCCCCAACCUUCAGACUCUGCAAGUGCCUCACCACAGGAUCGGCACAAUGUGACACAUUCCUUGCGCUUCACAGAAGCAGAAGUGGAGGGAGGAAAACAUCAAAGCCUGUGUAUAGAGGGGUUCCUCUGGGUCAGUGAGAAGAAUCAAUCCACCUGGGCUGCUGCUUUACCAUCACACAUUUGUCUUAAAGUCGGAUCACAGAGGCAGGAAGGAAGUUACAAAGCCUGCGUGUAGUUUCUCUCCUUGGCCUCAGACGUAGAAGCACAUCCCUGAGAGUGCUGUGCAUUUCUGCUGGUGACUAUUUGCUACGUCUUCUUCAUUUCCUUAUGCAACUUCGUCAGGCAUUGUGGAUGCUCUCAGCUCUUCCUGGGCUGCUGCUCUUUGGAGUCUGCACAUUCAGUUGUUCACCAGUGGCGCUUUCAAAGACAAUAAAAAAGCUCUGUUUAUGUUGAAAAAGAUGAUAUAAUACUGUGCUAAUUAUGCAACUUACUCAAUACCUUUGGCAAAAAGAAUAACAAAUGUGUUGACUUCCAAUUCUGAACUCCAUCGUUUACAGUUUCUCAUUUAAUAAUAUUUCAUUUGAAAUUUAAAUACUUCAAAAGAGAUUAAUACAAAAAUAAAAAACAAACAAGCCCUUUAGGAUAUAAGGAACAGAUAAAAAUUGUCUCAGCUGGAAGGCAAAGAAAAUGAAGCCUCAUGGUUAAACUCAAGUCUGAACUGAAUGUGUUUGUCUGAGAAUCUAAAGAUUGUUUGGGAUGUCAUUUACCAAGGUCUACUACCAAAUAAAUGUUACCUUCUGUCAUAUGAUCAAUUCUUCCUGACAGCUGCAGUCUUUUAAUCGUGGAGAUCAGCCUCUUUACUGUAUAAUUAAAAUGUGCCAUUUACUUAAUAUUUUUAAUAUCCAGUCUGCAAGGGGUCACCACAUUUACAAUUAUCAAUGAACAGUCUCAUUUUUCCAACAUAUGGUCCCACAAAUCACUGUUCUCCAGAGGCUAAACAGGUGUAGAACAAUGUCAAUAUUUAUUUAUUUAUUCUUUCAGUUUAUAUAGUGUUUCUCCAUUCCACUCUCCAGGCAUAUGCCAGCUCACAGCAAAUACUCUAACCUGGUAUAUUUUGGCUUUGCUUGGCUACUGCAGCCCCUGUCUCUUAUCUCUGUUUUAUUUACAUAUUGAACAAAAAUGUCAAUGUUUGUAAAUAUUAACCAAGCAUGUAAUUAAAUCUUUCUCUAUUUCUGAUUUAUGGAUACUCUGCACUUCUCUGCCUUACCUACUGAUCAGCUCCCUGCCUCUGUGCUGCCUGAGCAGACCUAUCUAAUUGCUGCUGAUGCUCCUGCUAAUGCCACAUGUGCAGUGUGCUGCAG